UAGGUACUGUAUCUCAGGACUGUGCUCUGUGACAGUCCCACAGGCACUGGAACCUUCCAGCUAGGAUGCAGUUCUUCUGUGUGGGCAGCUGGACAUGCUUGCUCUCCCUCCUUCUUCCCUGGCCAGGUGCAGGGCAGUUCCUCGUGAUUGGACCAAGCUCACCCAUCACUGUCAUGGUGGGAGAAGAGGCCAUGUUUUCCUGUCACCUCAGCCCUUCUAUGGAUGCUCAGAACAUGGAGGUGACAUGGCGCCAUACAAACAAAUCAGGCCUGGUACAUAACUAUAGGAAUUCCCAUGACAAGGACCAGCAGCACCCAGAGAACCAAGGGAUGGCAGAGAUCCUGAGGGAGAACAUCACCAGGGGGCAGGUGGCCCUGAGGAUCCUCAACAUUCACCCUGCAGAUGAAGGGGACUACAGAUGUUUCUUUUUAAGCUCCACCUACCACAAUGAAGCACAUUUCAAAGUGUUGGUCACAGGCACCGGCAUGGCUCCUCAUGUUCACGUGGAACCUGACGCAGCCUGGGGCAUCAGGCUGACCUGCACGUCCACGGGGUGGUACCCUGAGCCCCAGGUGCAGUGGAAGGGCAGGCAGGGACUGCACUUCACACAAGCCUAUGAGACAGUGAAAACGGAAGAGACUGGCACAUUUCAGGUGCAGGCAUCCAUCACAGUGGACGAGAGGUCAACAGGAAACUUGUCCUGUGUUGUAAGGAACCCGCUCCUCGGCGAGCAGAAGGAAGCAUAUGUGUCCCUGGCAGGUGCCUUGUUUCCCAAGGACUGGUCCUGGACGAUGGGGCUGUGUGUGUUCCUGGUCUUCCUGGAAGUCAGCCUGGUGGUCACCUGUGCUCUGCUGAUGCGGGCCAGAAGAGCCAAAAGUAACAGGGAAGUGCAUGGGGAGGGGUGGCUCAGGUUCCUGGGAAGCAGAGGGCACUCGUCACCACAAGUCAGGAGUGGACUGUGGGUCCCCUAUAUCACUGAGAACUGGCAAGAAACGCCGUAA